UUUUUUAUGGCAACACCAAAAUUUAUUUUCAUCGCGCGAAACACAAAUAUGUGACAGCAUUAAUGUGGUGAGGGCUGUUGUCUUGAUGGAGUUUUGAAAUAGUUUUUGUUUUUAUAAGUAACCGUAAUUAUUAGUGCCAAAUUUUUAAUUAAAUAUGUCGCAAUUUAAUCUUGGUAACUUGGCGAAAGAAUUGCCCACAAUUCCAUAUGAAACUGGACUUUCGUUUGAAGAUCGUCAAGAGACAUGGGACAAGGCCAGCGAUGUUCAGUAUGUAGUUGAUGAUUUGACUAAUAGUAAGGUAGUGCAUUAUCUGAAGUUAGGAGGGAACACUAUGGGGGUUCCUGCAGCCGAAGCUAUUGGUAAUGCUCUAAGAUGUCAUCCUGAAUUUAAAAAGGCCAUGUGGCCUAAUAUGUUUACUAGAAGACUAAUAGAUGAAAUACCAGCGGCUUUAAAACAUCUUAGCAAUGGUUUGAUGUUCGCAAAAGCACAGAUUACUGUUUUAGAUUUGAGCGACAACGCUUUAGGUCCAAAUGGUAUGGUCGGAUUAGAAGAUCUUUUGAAAUCACCAGUCUGUUACAGUCUGCAAGAAUUGCACUUGAACAAUUGUGGUCUUGGCGCUGGUGGUGGUAAAAUGCUUUCAAAGGCUAUAAUCGAAGGUCACGAGAACAGUUUACGCGCCGGCACUCCAAUGCAAAUGAAAGUUUUUGUUGCCGGACGCAAUCGUUUAGAGAACGAGGGUGCUGCAGCACUUGCACAAAUGUUUGGUACACUCAAGACAUUAGAACAAAUUAGUUUGCCGCAAAAUUCUAUCUAUUAUGUUGGAUUUGAUGCACUAGCCAAAGGCUUCAGAGAAAAUACGAACUUACAUGUACUAAAUGUAAAUGAUAAUAACAUUGGCCGCAAGGGCGCUGGAUAUUUGGCUGAACUUUUCGCUUUCAUACCAAAAAUACGUGAAAUUAACUUUGGCGAUUGUUUAGUUAAAACGGAUGGCGCCUACUUAUUUGCCGAUGCAUUAGCAGAUGACCACAAAAAUCUAGAAGUUCUUGAUUUAAGCUUUAAUGAAAUUAAUGGUGAAGGUGGCAUAUGUUUGGCAAACGCUAUGCUCAAUAAACCAAACUUAAAAACUUUUAAUCUUGAUGGCAACGUUCUCGGGUCUGAUGGUUUAAAAACCAUUAUUGAGUGUAUGAAGGCUGCCAUUAAUCCUAACGCAUUCGUUGAGGUUGAAGAAAAUGAGUCUGAAAAUGAAAAUGAUUCACAAAACAAUGAUGGAGAGGAAGGAUCAGAUGACAUUUACGAUAGCAAUGAGGAGGAAGAGGAGGAGGAGGAGGAAGACGACGACGACGACGACGACGACGACGAUGAGGAUAAUACUGACGAAAGUAGCAAUGCUAGUGCAUACGUAACCUCAGUCAGCGCCUUUCAAACACCACUAAGUGGCGAAGAGAAUGUAUUUUUUCAAACUCCAGCUAGUUUAAAUACGCCAACUAAACCGAAACCAAUAAAUCAAAAUCAGCUGAGUGCAACUGCUUCUAUAUCGGCAGAUAAUGAUAAAUCACCAGACAUACAAUUGAAUGCUGUAGAGGAGUUCUGCUUUGAAUUAAAACCACCUUCUCUUGAAAUGUUUUUGAAAGCAAUAGCAACCCCUGACAUGAACUUUUUCAACUUUUGUGAGAGCUUCAAGGAAUUAAGCGAGAAAGAUUACGUUGAUAUCUUGUACUACACUACACUGAAAGUUGCUAAUCUAUCCCGUCAGUCUGUAGAAGCUUUAAAAUGGGCCGUGCGGCUAUUUAAGAUUUGCUUCAAACAUGCAACUGAAACUGGAAAGGAGAACAUUCUCGUCGUUUUCUUUGCCAAUAAAAUUGGUUUGAUCGAACAUGACUGCGGAAUUAAGACAGAAUAUAAAAACGAUGCUUGCCGUCAUGCUCUCAAAGAAGCUGUUAAAGAAACUAACAAUGAGAAAAUCAUCAUGCAUUUCAGCAGCCUCUCGUUGUAGCUUUAUCUAAAUUGUUUGUUUUAAAACAAAAUAAAUUUAUAUUAAUAAAUGAAGUGCUUAACUUAUAAUUUA